GUUUCAGGCAGAAAUGGACGAACGUCAAAGUAGUGGUGAACGAGUCAAAAUCAACGUGGGUGGCACAGUGUUCGAAACUACAGUCUCCACACUGACCAGGAUAGAUAAUACCAUGCUCUCCGCGAUGGUGGCAGAACGAUGGCGGAAUGGGGAGGAGUUAUUUGUGGACCGAAAUCCAACUCUUUUCGCAAAGAUAUUGGAUUACCUGAGAGACAGUGGUAAUGUUACUCUCCCCAAAGGAGAUGCUGCUCGAGAGGCCAUAAGAAAAGAAGCUGACUUCUACAACCUUCCUGGUCUUGCCGAGAUGUGCGUAUCCUACGCAUCCACAAAAAGAGUUAGUGACCGCGUGUCACGUAUCGCCCUUAGCGAUACUGUGCAGUGGAAGAAAAACUGUAUCGAAGUGUACUGGAAG